UUUGUGAGGUGCGGUGCGCUUGAAUGGAAAGCAAAGCAACCCCCAGAGCGGUCGGUGUGUAGGACGAGCCAACACGGCGUUUCAUUAAUACAAACGCGCGACAUGCCAAGAGGCGAACGAAGGCAAACAGCAGCAGCAGCAGCAGCAGCAGCGAACGUAUCUUUGCGAGGCGCGCAAUCGAAAGCGAAAAAGUGAAUUUAACCCACCCCGAGAAAGCGCUGCUCUGUGUGUACGUGUGUAUGUGCGUCUCGCGGGGUGUUUCUUCUUUCGUGUGCUGCGGUGUGAAGCUCGUAAUGAGCGAGAGUGUGUAGUGUGGGCGAACGCGCGCGCCAUCGAGAGUGCUAAAACAAUAGUGUGAACGGAAAAUCUACGACCCACAGUCACGCACAUCCCUUCCGAAGCGAAAGGGAGGAAGCAAGCAGUCGAAGGAGAAACCGGGGGCGAAAACGAGCGGAAUCCGGCGGGUGUGCUGCGUGCGUGCGUGCCGUGCGUGUCCCCGCUCGCACAAGAGAGAGUGAGAGAGUGAGAGAGAGAGCGCUGUUGCUACUGUGGGUGGAGGUGUCGGAAGGGAGGUGAGAAAACGGGGGUGUGCAGAAAGGAAUGCAUUUCGCUUUUCUUCACUGGCGGCCGUCAGCAACAUCAUCUUUCACGGACACCAUCGUUACCAUCGUCAUUACCACACCCCUGCUGUUGUUGCUGGUGCUGCCACUGGACGACCAGACGGGCUGCGGCUGCUAGAGUGACUGGGAGCGCGAAAGAGAGCAAAUUGGACGUGCGAAACAGGGCCCGGGGCACGAUCAGACGCGUUCCACGACCCAUCGGUUCGAGAUAAAUCAUCCUGAAAAUAGGAAGCACAGGCACCAGUGGGUGGUGUGCGAUUCCGAGCAGGUGGUGGGUGUGUGUGCCAACAACUGCAGCGCCGUUCUUAUGCCGAAGCCAUCAAACUAUUGACACAAAGCCGCUGGAUCAAAGCAAAAAGGCAACCGGGUCAGAUAUAAAGCCGCGCAUUGCACAUGGCCAGGUCAAAUGCAUCUAGCAAACAGCGCUCCGGUUUCUGCAUCGCUGCUAGUGUAAAAAUAUAACACAAUACAACGAGACAAAGUGCGGUCUCCCUUUCCCCACCCGGUCGUGCAGUUUGACACACCCAACCUGGUAGCUACUUAAUCGUGCGCUCGCGUGAUCGUAACCGUGUGUUUGUGGUACGUAAAAGUGGCGAAUCGGCGUGUCUCCAGGUGUUUCGAUUAAGUAGCCGUCUGUUGCUCGGUCUCGUUUGUUUUAUUGCAAGUGUCCAACAUAAAUUAGGUGUAGAAGUCGGCGAUAAAGCACCGGCCCGCAGCCAUAUCCAACACCGCCCAGCCAAUCUGACAUCCUCCAAACCCCUCUGGUUGGUGAAUUUCGUGUGCGUGUGUGUGCGGUGUUUGCAGCGCGGGAUCGCGACCGGGACACCAUCGCCAAAGUCCGGCGCAGUGCGCGAGUGAAAGUGUUGCAAAAAUAAAAAUUAUCCUACAAAAUCUCCAUCCGUGUCCAGCCAGAGCAGGGGUAAAAGUGUGCGACACACCGCUCUUUCUCCGCCGGGUGGUGUAACACAUCCACUACAAGUACACACUGACACGAACACACACUCACUCAGUUCGGCAGAUGCAUGCAAAUACCCUAAAUUAGUGUAGUGUGGGCGGAAAAGAAUUUCGGAAUUUUUCCGAACCCAACCGAAAAAGAGAGAGAGAGAAAGCGAAAGAGUGAAUUAUCCGCGCAGCGCACGCAACCAACCAAAACCCCGCGGACACAGCCGAAUCGUGCUAGGCGACUGCUGACGCCAAAGACCGCCAAGUUAGGUCAAGCGAGAUAGGGAGACGGAGGGCACAGGUGCCCUGGAGAUUCCGGUUCCGAAGGAUCGGUUCACUAUUUCGGGUCGCCAUUCGGACAACAAAAAGCCGCCAACCUGGAACUAAUGGAAUUAGAGAACAUCGUGGCCAAUACGGUCUACCUGAAGGCGCGCGAAGGAGGCUCCGACAGCAACAAAGGAAAGAGCAAAAAAUGGCGCAAGAUCCUUCAGUUUCCCCACAUAUCGCAAUGCAUCGAUCUCAAGAACAAAAUAGAUGUAAGCUAUGGUUACGUAGUCGAUCAGCAGCCCAUCGGACGUGAGCUUUUCCGUCAGUUCUGCAAGGUGAAACGGCCCCAGUACUCCCGGUACAUCACCUUUCUCGACGAUGCCACAAGAUACGAAAUUGCGGCCGAUGAGCACCGGGUCGAUCUGGCGUUCGAGGUCGCGAAGCGCUACCUCGGUCUUUGCACCGAGAGCCAGCGCGAGGACAGUGGCGGAGGCGGCGGAUGCGAUAGUGACGGGGGAAAGUGCGACGACGAUAGCGGCAUCGGUGGUGACACAAAGAAGCUCAGCAACCACGACGACCCGGAGAAAAGCUUGACCGGCUCGAACUCGGUCACCACCAACACCAUCAACAACGAGAAGGACGAGUUCGUGCUGGACGUGCUGAACGAUGACAUGGUGGGGCAGAUCCGGACCAAACUCUCGACUGGCAGCAAAGAGUUGUUCGAGGCUUCCAUUACGGCCGUGCGGGCCUUCCUCGCCGGCGAACCAUUCCGGGAAUUUGAGGCUUCAAUGUACUUCCACAGAUAUCUUCAGUGGAAGUGGCUCGAAGCUCAGCCGAUUACUUACAAAACUUUCCGCAUGUACCGCGUCCUCGGAAAGGGUGGCUUCGGCGAAGUCUGCGCAUGUCAGGUACGGGCCACUGGAAAGAUGUAUGCUUGCAAGAAGCUGGAGAAGAAGCGCAUCAAAAAGCGAAAGGGUGAAUCGAUGGUGCUGAUAGAAAAGCAAAUUCUGCAGAAGAUAAACUCUCGCUUCGUGGUGAACCUAGCGUACGCGUAUGAGACGAAGGACGCCCUGUGUCUAGUGCUGACGAUUAUGAACGGCGGUGAUCUGAAGUUUCACAUCUACAACAUGGGAGGCGAACCGGGCUUUGAACUGUCCCGUGCCCGGUUCUAUGCGGCGGAGGUGGUCUGCGGGCUGGAACACCUACACCAGCAGGGCAUUGUGUACCGAGAUUGCAAGCCGGAAAACAUUCUGCUAGACGACCAUGGGCACGUGCGCAUCUCGGACCUGGGACUGGCCGUCGAGAUACCGGAGGGUGAGAUGGUCAGGGGGAGAGUGGGUACAGUCGGAUACAUGGCACCGGAGGUGAUUGACAACGAGAAGUACUCAUUCUCGCCGGAUUGGUUCAGCUUCGGCUGCUUGCUGUACGAGAUGAUCGAGGGACAGGCUCCGUUCCGUGCCCGCAAGGAGAAGGUGAAGCGAGAGGAAGUCGAUCGGCGGGUGAAGGAGGACGCGGAAAAGUAUUCGCACAAAUUCAGUGAUGACGCCAAAUCGUUGUGCCAGCAGCUGCUCGUAAAAGCGGUCAAAAGCCGGCUCGGUUGCCGCAAUGGGCGGCACGGUGCGCGCGAAGUGAAACUGAAUCCAUUCUUUAACAGUAUUAACUGGAAACGGCUCGAAGCUGGACUAAAUGAUCCCCCGUUUGUGCCGGAUCCGCACGCCGUUUAUGCCAAAGACGUACUGGAUAUUGAGCAAUUUUCCACCGUGAAGGGUGUCAAUCUGGACGCGACGGAUGAGAAUUUCUACACCAAGUUUAAUACCGGCUCAGUGUCGAUACCGUGGCAGGACGAGAUGAUCGAAACGGAGUGCUUCCGGGAACUGAACGUGUUCGGUGCGAACGAGUGCCCGACACCGGAUCUGCUCGUCAACGCACCGCCGGUAGUGGAGAAGCCUGGUUGUUUUCCGUUUCGAAGAAAAAAGAAGCAAACGCCCCGCGAAAAACCGGUUCCAUUCAACGAGAAGCUGUUAUCCUCUAGUCAAACAACGGUCAGCUGUAGCCAGGCGCCAAAUGAGAGUUGAUAGGUGUAAUUGGAUUGGGGGGGAAAAUCGUGCAUGCAGGACCAAACUGCGCGGCCACGGCGAGACUUGACAGUGUAAAGUGUCCAUCCUGGAGAUGGCAAGAGCUGGAAAAAACAACCUUUAGUAGCUAAUAGUAGCAGCAAAUAGCGUGCGCGGAAAGAUGUGGAAUGCUUUGUUCGCAAUCGACAUUGUAUGCAAAUUUUGCAUAUCCCUCACCGCAAGCUGACGCUCAAUGGAAGGAACCGGGCUCGUAUUGUGUGUUAAGCAAACAGGAAAAACAUCAUUUUGCGUGACUUAACAUACUGCCGAGUGGUCAGGUUGAAACAGAACGCGUAAAAACAGGACAUGAAUCUUCUAUGAAUUAUGGUCACACCAUAAACCAACUCACUCAGUCAAUGCUACACAAUUACAAACGCACAUGAACAUUUUUUCUCAUACGCACGAAUAGUAGGUAAUGAACAAUGAUAAGAGAUUGCAAAUAUGAAACUAAUCGACACGGAAACUUGUGCCCUCGAUAACAAAGCUGGACGUAUUUUAUCGACCGUCGAAAAGAAGAGCCGAGCUAAUGGACUAAUUAGAAUUUCAUUGCCCUAAGUAGAUACCCGUAAAUGGUACAAAUGUACAAGUUUGUACUUCUUCUCGUGGAAGUAUAUAUAAUAAUGAUGAUGGUAGUAAAAAAAUAAGUUUUACGACAUGAGUUUUUUUUUAUUCUGCCACUCCCAUGUGGCCAUCCGCUGGGAACACGCGUUCGAAUGAUAACACAGUGUCAAAUGUUUAUGUUUUUUUUUAUUGUAUCGAAAAGAAGUAGGAAUUUGUUUAUGUGACCGUAGAAUACUACAACAAAACCGUGGGACAGACCGUGCUGCCUAGGUGUGUGUGAGAGAGAGUGUGUUUUUUAAUUGAAAACAUGACUGAGUUACAGCAACUGCAUCUAGGCGGCACACCUAUCUUUAUGUUUAUGUUAACUGCCAGGUGUACAACACAAUCAGUGAAUAUGGACGAAAAAUAAAGAAAUCUUACCAAAGCUUGAAUGGGUCCCCAUAUCCCGUCUUUCAUCGUGCCGGUGUGAGAUGCCGGCGCAUGUACAGCGUAGAAUGGACGUGCGCUUUGCUGACGAAAUGUAUCGCUGCUGUUUAUCGAUCGAGCUUUUUGUUGUUUCAAGUUGGUUGUGUGAAAUAAGCCAACAACAACAAGAAAAAAUCUACUUUGAAAAUAGAAAAAGCGCAUAUUUCACACUCAUUUGAAAAGAGGAGGGAUUGUAUCUCGUUUUUAAUGAUCGCUCCACAGAGAAAUCCUGUCUGUGAAACAAAGCAAAUGAGGUUUUGUGUUGCUAUUCCUGGUUUUUUUUCCUAUCAUAAUGCUCAUGCAUGCUUAGAAUAUUCAACGAACGCUGCACACCUAACUUAGCUUUUAGCGUCAGAUUUACAGCUUAUGUGUCUUGUUUUGUUUACAGACAUUUAGUUUGUCUUUAUGAGGCUUACACUUCGCGGUACCGUGUAAUGAUUGUCACUUAAUUUUGCACCAAUGAAAUUGAAAAAGCCGUUAGUUGUUGCAUUUCCAUCGUAGAAGCAGGACGAAAGUGGGGGGAAGUAAUUGAAUGAAGAAACUCUUAAUAUUCGAAUGGUUGAAAAGGUCACUUUUUAACAGUUUUCAUACUCAUGUACUAAUCAAUUAUAAGAUUAAUAGAGAGAACCCUCCGUGGCUGGAAGAAGUUGAGGAACAGGGAGGAAAUUGAAUAACUCUAUCGCACGCAUACUAUCCAUUAUAUAGAAACACAACAAGAACAAAAACAACAAAAACUCCUCCCUUUAUAUAGAAAACAAAAAAACGCACACACAUAUAUAUACACAUACACACUUACACUCACUUUCUCUUACUCAAAAAAGCGAAAUGAAUCGUAGAUGGAGGAGGACUCUCGAGCAAGGUCGGGAUUUGUCAAUCAUACGGCAUACAUUAUGAACAAACUUAAACCUAGUUACCGAAGCGUUACUGCUAAGUGUAAAGAACAAAUCUGAAAAGGGGUACGAGAAUGGCGAAAAGUGCAAAAGAAGGAAGGAGAGAAACAGAUUAGAGAAAGAGAGAGAGAGAGAGAGAAAGAGAGAGAGAACAAAAAAUAUAAUACUAAACAUAAACAAGUAAUGAGUGAAAGCAAUCAUUAACUAGGGCUGUUUUAGCUUUAAUCAAUGUGCGGCGGUAGGAGCGGGAAUUGGUUAGCGUUUUACUGAAUCUUUAAAGUAUUGUGUUCAAAACAUACGUAGUAUCCAGUCGAUAGUACGAAGCUAAUGAGCGAGCGAACGCUGCGUGCUUUUGUUUGGUAUUUUCUAUUUUAAACUGUAAGCUGUACUGCGCCUCACAACGUUUAGACCUAAGUUUUAUGCGAAAGCACAACUGCACACACGGGGGGCCACUCCUACCAGUGUGUUGUACUCGUUUUAUUUAAAAGCUUAAACAUUGAAAAGGCAAUAUCGAAUACAGAAAAGCACAAAUAAUUCAGUUUUGUUUUUGUGAUUGAGCCACCUAUAUACAUAUUGUGCUGCUGCAGUUUAUGUAUGUGUGCUUUUCUUGUAGCAGUUUGGACGCGUUUGUGCUUGUUUUUUUUUUCUUGUCGAGAUAUUUAGGGUUAAGUUGUUAUGAUUAUAUUAGAGAAUUGAGAAGCCCCGAAGCUUAUACACUCGUGUCUGUAAAAGACAAAGCGCUAGCGCAAACUAUACAUACAUGUAUGCAUAUAUAAAUAAUUGUGGAGAAUUAGAACAGUUCGUGUAACGCAUCUUAUCAAACUGUAGCACAAACUCCUCUCCUCUCCGAUGUGUGUGUGUGUGUUUUUUUAUCGUCCUGUAUAUAGUAGCGGUAGAGGAAUGUACCGAAAGGUGAAUGAAACAAGAGAUAAACUUCCACCCCGUCUUGCGGUUGAUUGUGUCCUGCAGUGAAGUGAAACAGACGGCUACAGACCCACGUUUUAAGUUGGAAGAUUGAUAGCAUGUGUUUUAACAUUUUCAGUGAUGUUUAAACACGAGAUGAAGAAAAGCUGCUGCAAAGGCAAACAAAGUUCCGGGGCGCGAAAUCGAAUUGGCUUUCGAGCUUUGAGUACACAGAUUGCCAAAUAUUUACAAUCUUCUGCGUGUGUUUGAUACUCUCCAAAUUUGACACUACAUGGAAACAGUACAAGAACAUUUGUGAACCACAAACACAAAACGAUAACAUUCGAUGGCUACUAAAUAUUGGAUCGCUGGGCGGGAAUAGUCGUCCGCUGGUGCGAACGAAGUUGUAGGUAGUCGAUGUGUAGCCAAAAAUUGGCAUUCUUCAAGCUCAUUUAGUACGAUCGCACAAAAUUAAUCGUGGAGGGAAUGCAUCUAUGGAUGGACGAUGUGUGUAGUAAGGUAUGCAAAUGCUAGUUAGGAAGUGACAAUUGGAUUGUAUUUGCUACACUAGUGCGUGUGUGUGUGUUUGUCCAUUGUAUCGAAAGAGUCAACCACACCAACCAUAAUAGAAUUUCAUCGAUAAAAGUAAUUAAGCAAAAAAUCUCCCAUGAGAACUAUAUAUAUAUAUAUAAAUUUUUACGUGUGUGUAAUAUCAGCAGAGGGUGGAAUAAAUUCCAAAUUUUUUGAAUAGAGACAGGGUGGGAAAUAAAUUACGGUGUGUCUAAUGAUUCGAGCCAGCUAGGAUGCAACCUAUGUGGCAAAGGCGUGGGCAAGAGGUCGGUCGCGGGAGGUUGGAAAAAUGCAUACAACUAAAUAAUAAAUAGAGAAAUUUAAAUUAAAUUCA